AUCCACUUAAAUUAUCUCACAGUUAUGGUUAAGCCACUGACGCGUUAAUUCUGAUGUUUUAUCUUCUUAUACUGAUGAACAUAAAACGUGCUAAAGUUUGUAAUUCAUUCUCAUUUUAAUUUCAUAAGAUGAUGAACAUAAAGGGAAAUUAUUUAAGAUGGACACAAAUUGCUUUAUUUGCAACGAUUAUAUUUCCAACUGGAAUAAACGCUUCAGCAAAUAAAAAAUCUCAGGCACAUUCUGGACUUUCUACCGAUUAUUCAGAUUAUGAUGAGGGCACCAGUAAGCCCGUUAAAGACCAAGCAUUGGCGCAGGUGCCGUGCGGAGACUUCCGGCCUGGGGAAGACGAUUUACAAAUAAUCGAUUUCAUUAGAAAAUUUGGGUUGGAUUCGGCAGAAGAAAUAUACAAAAAAAGUGUAAUCAAAGUGACAGGAUCUAACCGUUUUCAGACUGCUUAUAGAGUGGAAAAAACAGCACGUUUAAUAAUGCCCACAAGAAAUGUAUUUCCCUUGGGCAUACCUCAGCAAUUUUCUUUUAUUGCUACCUUUAGCUCAAAAAUGGUAACCAGAGCACAGUGGCACAUACUUAAGAUUGUUGAUUAUCAAAAUAGCACUAAUUUGCUAAUUUCACUAAAUCAAGUUGUAGGGACUGUAGAGUUCUCUAUUGUUAAUUAUGAUGGGUACUUGCAAACUGUUAAAUUUGAAGCCAACUACAUUUUUGAUAGAAAUUGGCACAAAUUACAUUUCGGAGUAUUUUACGAUAGAGUAGUACUUUACAUAGACUGUAAACAAGUUGGUGUUAAAAUGUUGGAACCCAGAGGUACAGUGGAUAUGUUUGGUAAUACAGCCUUAGUGAUAAAUAACGAUUACCAAGCAGCACCAGUAGAUGUACAAUGGAUAACACUGAGUUGUGAUCCAACGAAACCUCAACGGGAAGGAUGUGCAGAAUUGUAUCUAAUGAGAGAAGAAACUGUACAAAUUCAACAGCCAGAUGUAGCUACUACUGGUAGUAAUUGUCCUCACCGAGAAAAUCAAUGCGCGAACAAACAUCCACCAAUUGUGAAUCAAAGUAAACAGGGACCACCGGGACCACCGGGACCACAAGGGCAAGAAGGACCACGGGGGCUAACAGGACCACAAGGCCCUCCAGGUCAACCAGGAAUCUCAGGAGCAGAAGGCCCACGAGGAUAUCAGGGUUUACCAGGUACGCCAGGUAUACCAGCAUUGCCCGCUUUACAAGGAGAAAAAGGGGAACAAGGAGAACCUGGAAUUCAAGGUAAUAAAGGUGAACCUGGACUCCCUGGGACCAUAACCUAUAUUCCAGCUAAACCAGAAAUACAAUAUAUAAGACCGGGAACACUUAGCACACCAGGGGAAAAAGGAGAACGAGGAGAACCAGGAUUGCCAGGUUAUUCAGGAAAUGGUUUUACUGAAAAUGAGAUAAAAGAAAUGUGUAAAUCAAUUUUGAAAGAACAAUUAGCAGAACUAACAAACACUUUCAUUGGUCCACCUGGGCCCCCGGGUCGGUCAAUUAUAGGUAAACCAGGUCCACCAGGUUCGCAAGGUCCUCCAGGCGAGCCUGGAUCACCAGGCUUAGGAAUGCCCGGCGAAAGAGGUUUUCCAGGAUCUCCUGGUGUGCAAGGAUCAACCGGUUCUGAGGGACCAGUCGGGCCAAAAGGAGAUAAAGGAGAGCGUGGAAGCGAAGCUGUUGCAUAUGAAGGACCACCUGGACUCCCCGGUCAACCCGGUCCAAGUGGAGCACAUGGUAGACCAGGAGAUAGAGGUGAACCAGGAAGACCAGGUCCAAUUGGUCCAAAUGGUUAUCCUGGACCUCAGGGUCCGCCAGGAUACUGUGAAAUGUGUAAUAAUGUCUACUAUGCAGGUAGACCACCAGCAGCUGGAAAUUUCAAAGGACCUUGAGUCAUACAAAUGUAUACAAUCAAUUUUAUAUUUAAUUAUAUAUUACUUAUCAACAUUUACUAAUAAAGACUUAUUAAAAAAACAAACA